AUGUUGAAUUUGACUCUAUCUUCAUUACAUAUUCAUCACCUUGAUAAAUCUCCAUUAUUUGUGGGCAACAAUAUCAAAGCAAACAAUCUGCGAGCGAAAUAUAUAGUUUCUCCAAUUUUUUAUAACCAAAGAAAUUUAUUAAUCUCAAAAGCAGUAUUUUCAAACAGUCUUUCACCAGCAAUCUACUCAAUACUCACUUUCGGAAAUAAAACAUUCUAUCCAAUUAAUUAUACAACGAAAUAUCCAAAUCAAAUUACAAUUACGAGAGGUUCCUUCAGUAAUUUUACAAGUACAGCAGUCAUAGCAGAUUCAAAUUCACAUCCAGAUUCAAAUAUUCUAUUUUCUAAAUGCUUUUUCGUUGGAUGCAGGUCCAAUUUUUCAGGUGGAUGCAUCUUUCUUAGAUUUGGCACAGCAAACAUCUCAACAACAUGCUGCGACUCAUGCUCUUCCAAUGAUCGUGGUCAUUUCCUUUAUGCCGAAGAUACCCACAUUCCUGUCUUUUACUGCACAUCUAUUUACAGAUCACCAGACGAAUCACCACAUCCAUCAACUAUAUACGCUAUUCAAAGAAACCAAAUGAUAGAAAAAGACUCUCAUACGGUAAAUUAUUUAAAUUCAACAAAUGGACAUGUUUACCAAUAUAAUUCAGUGAUGUACGUCUAUAAUACAAUAUUCCAUAUCAAUUACAUGCAAGCAGUUAACAAUUCUGGCAAUACAAUUGCAUUUUUCGAUCAAAUCCGCCAAAGCGUCAUUCAAUAUGCUGUUUUCGCAUACAACACAAAUCAUGAAACCAGUGUCAUCAAAUUACGCCAUCUUUCACGUGUUCGGCUCGCUCCAAAUUUAAUAUUAUACAAAAAUGGUCCAAAAUCAUUCGAUAUCGACUUAACAGAAUCUCUAUCUGAUAUAUUUAUUUCUGGAAAGGUUGAUGAACCAGCAGAAACAGAGAGCGACGUGAAAAUCAACUCAAAAUUCAAACUCUUUUCAAAAACGAACAUUUCGACACUGGAAUUCGAUAUAACUCUUGACAUGGAUUGCAUCAUCACUCCUCGUUACAAAUUUUCAAAUAAUAUCAAAAUUUCAAUUGGUUUAAUUUCGACGAUAAACAUUGUAGUUUUAGUUGUUUGUGUGUUCUUUAUAUUAAAGGAUGUGAAAAAUUGGAUAAAAAUGAAUAACGAAGAAGGAUCUUCAAUUCCUGCUAUGAAACCAUAA